UUUCAACGGUUUCAUCAAACAUGGAGAGGAUUCUGAUCGUUCUGAUGCUCUUUAUCACCGUCCACUAUGCAUAUUCAGGUGUGCCAACCUUUCAUUGUUACGAUUAUCACAAAGAUAUCAUAAUUGAGUUUUCUUCCUCAUUGCCUUCUUUCCUUAAGUGUUUCACUUGCAUGAUUUAGUAACACAAAAUAAGACUGAAUGUCGAAGGAGAUUUCGCUUUGUCAGUGUUGUUGCUCGUUUCAUCGGCUCAGCUUAUUUGUUGGAAGCAUGUACUAAAGCUAAGGUACUUCUCCUCCUUUCAAUUAUAAUUACAAGUCCAAGCUCGGUUUCGAUUGUUCGUUGGUUUUGUGCGUGUUAUCAUAUCCUCGCGACAGACAUCGCUUGGAAUGGCUGCAAGCCCUAACUUGGUUCGAAAACUUUGCGAUAUCGCAGCGACAUAUUGUAGUAAUAUCGUGCUGAAAACGUUGUUCGUGUACACACGCAAUAACGAAGUUGCAACGGCAACUUUCAAGCUUGAAAAUUGUCUGCUCUAGCUGAGGAGCUUAAGGAGUUACAAGAAAUUUAUUUUAAGAUCCUUUGAUGUGAAGUAAAUGUCACCUUCUUGGUGAGCAUGGUCAGUUUUUUUUAGAUACUUUGGCAUUAUUCGUAGUUUGUGGAAACGAUAAUUCACACUCGUUCUUGUUUGAGGGUCGUGCCAAAUGAUUUGCCUUUUCUUAAAAGAUGUAACCUAAACACAUAUAAAAUUCUAGCAGCUUUUCCUGUCUACUAGUCUACGCCGAUUGAAUUAUUAAGAACAACAACAACGAAUUAAUUCAGUUAGAUCUGAAGCUCAAGUCCUGUAUGGGCACAGUAUUUGAUGACUAAUGCAGAGAUCGAGCUAUUUGUGUAUUUAGUAAAGAUUUUAUUUUUCUCGGGCUCAAUAGAAAGAGAAGGAAUCUUUCCUCAUUUAUGUCUUUAUUCCAUAGGGAGUUUAUGAGUACAAAGUGAAAGAAAAUAUCUUUUGUAAUUGGAUUUUACUGAAACUCACCAUCACGUACGGGCGGAAAUAGUUGAUAAGUUAGAGUGAUUCUCGAGUGGCUAGGCAAAAUAUCUGCUCUUGCACAUCGGGUAAUGAUGGAAAACACGGGGUUGUCUGGAUUUGCAGAGAAAGCAGAUGGAGAAUAAGAUUUUUUCGCCAAGAAAUCACUCUUCUUUCCCGGGGCUUCCUAAUCAUAGACCCAAGAGACGAGGUCGGCUAAUUACUUUUCCUCAGAGCAUGAUACUGAUAGCUUUUUGACGCUCCUUGUCAUAUGGAACAAUAGUCUGUUCACGAUACGUUUUAAGUUUUUGUCUGAUUGGUCAACUGGGUGGCACGACUUUUUCUAGACCAAUCACGAAGCGAAGUUAAGGGUAACUUAUACAUUCCUGUUGUAUCGUCACCACCAAAAAUAUAAGGAUGUCAAAUAGAUCAGCAAACACAAAGCUGGUUUAAAUAUACAGGAUAGAAUAGCUAAUAAAGGAAUGGCAUGGCCAAAUUAUACACGAUUUAGUUUUCCUUCAUGAAACAGAACACCCUAAACAUGAAUAGUCUAGCCAAAUGAUAAACGGUCCACUUGCCUAGGUCGAGUUGAUGAAAUUGUGAAAUGGACUAUCUCAACUACGAAUAGCUUAGCGCUCAUUUGCAAUACAGUACACAAACGGUGUAGCGUUGCGUCAAAUGGCACAGGGUAAUGUCGAGUAGCACAGCGUACGCACAAACGGUGUAGCGUUGCGUGAAAUAGCUCAGCGUAAUGUAGAUCGGUACAGCGUACAUACGAACAGUGUAGCGUUGCGUGAAAUGGCUCAGCGUAAUGUCGAAUGGUACAGCGUACACACAAAUGGUGUAGAGUUGCGUGAAAUGACUGAGCGUAAUGUAGAAAGGUACAUCGUACACACAAACAGUGUAGCGUUGCGUGAAAUGGCUCAGCGUAAUGUCGAAUGGUACAGCGUACACACAAAUGGUGUAGCGCUGCGUGAAAUGGGUCAGCGUAAUGUCGAAUGGUACAGCGUACAUACAAAUGGUGUAGCGUCAUGUCGAAUAGCUUUGCAGAACAUCAGAGGCUGUAUCUGAACAUUAAAUUGCUUAGCAUUGCACGAAAUAUUUCGAUGUUGUGGUGAAUCGUCGAGCUUGCUUGUGGCGUGACGUGAAGGCUAUCUCGCCGAAACCACCAAAAAUACAAACCGCAAAUGGAACAGCGACCUGCUGGGGGGCAUGACGUCAUCGAAUGUGAAGACUGUCGCGAAACCAUGACAUGGUGUAGUCGCUGUGUUUAAGAUUCUUCACUUCGCCUUCCCGUAAAGCAGAGCCAUUUAGUAAGUUUCUCCUUUUUUCCCCCUCCGAUAUUGCAUUUAUUCGUUGUCGUUCAUGAAAGCGUUAAUUAAAAUAGCAACGAGACCGGAUUCUACCCCGGUUUGCCGGCCUCCCGGUUUACCACGGUUUGCACGCGUUGGUGAGCCUGAAUGUUUAUAGGUAAGUAAAACUGAUAUCCUUGAUCUGUUUUGACAUUUUUCAAUCAAACAUGUAGUGUUUGCCAAAGCGCCUUUUUUUCCGAGUUGGUUUUAUCGUCCGGCUCACCAAUUAAAGCAUUUCGAUAUCACUUUAAUUGAAAAAUGUCAAAACAGAUCACGGAUAUCAGUUUUCUUACCAUGGCGUCCAGGGCACACACAAAAUCCAACUUCUCACGUACUCCUCUAAUGUUCAAAGAGCCGUUGAAGUUGAACUCUUAUUGAAAAGUAAACGUGAGACAGUAAAAGAAAAGAGAGCUCGACAAUCGACAUUUAAUGCACGUCAUAACACUACUUAAUAUGUUCAGGCCCACCAACGCGUGCGAACUGUGGUAAACCGGGAGGCCGCCAAACCGUGGUAGAAUUCAGUCUCGUUACUAUUUUAAUUGACGCUUUCAUGAACGACAACGAAUAAAUGCAAUAUCGGCUGGGAAAAAAGAGGAGAAUGCAAUUUUGGUGGUUUUGGCGAGAUAGCCUUGGCGGCCGUAACUACCAAAAAUACAAAGAUGUCAAAUAGAUCAGCAAAUACAAAGAUGGUUUAAGGAUCAGCUGCAGGAUAGCAUAGCUAAUAAAGGAAUGACAUAGCCUUCACGUCACGCCACAAGCAAGCUCGACGAUUCGCCGCAACUUCGAAAUAUUUCAAGUAAUACUAAGCAAUUUAAUGGUUAGAUGGAGCGUCUGAUGUUCUGCAAAGCUAUUCGACAUAACGCUACACUAUUUGUGUCUACGCUGUAACAUUCUACAUUUGUAUUUGUAUAUUUGUAUAUAUUGUAUUUGUAUAUUUUGUAUAUUUGUAUUCUACAUUUGUAUUUGUAUAUUUGUAUAUUUUUGGUGGUGACGGCCGCCCAUAGUCGAUGCUAAAUCUCUUUCCACUGAUGCCAAAUUAAUUUUAGAAAAGUGCGGAAGUCAGUCUUUAAUAGAAGUAAACCAUGUACAUACCUACCUACCUACCUACAUACUUUAUUGCAUAGCUCCCCCUUGGGGGCUCCUCCGCCACAUAUGAAAAUCAAAACAUCAAGUUACAAAGAAAAAAGGAAAAAGAAAAAAAACUAGUUACAGUUAAAAAUAUAAAUUAUAAAAACAGCUUACAUUUCGAUAAUAAAAAAUAUCAUCUUAUGAUCUAUGAAUUAAAAUAUUUAUAAAAAAUACUUCUCUCCAAAAAGGUUAAGGCUUUUGUGUUUCUGAUCUCCUCUGGUAACGAGUUAAACAUUUUUACCCCACGGUAGGCAAAAGCCCUUUGGCCAGUCGAGAUUCUGCCUUUGGGCAACGUCUGGUCGUUCUUUUGCCUGGUGUCUCUUUGGUAAAUUUCAGAACGGUGUUGAAAUCGCUCACGAAGAUAGUCCGGAGUCAAGUUGUUCAUGCAUUUGUAAACCAUAACUAAGUCGAUGAAGAGCAGUUUUCCCUUCACAUUAAGCCAUUUAAAGGACUUCAGGGCUUCUGAAAUAUGAUCAUACUUAUUUAAGCCAGUUACGAUCCUGCAGGCGUAAUUCUGGACAAACUGAAGUUUUCUAAUAUUCUCUUUGCUGGUGUUGUUCCAAACUGUCGAACAGUAAAAUAAUUUGCAAAAGACGAAAGCUUUUAUCAGAUAAAUCAGGGUUCUUUGACCCAAAAGGUGCUUUAUCCUAUUGACCCUCGUUAGUUUAAACAUACAGUCAGAGGCAGUUUUAGUAAUAUGCUCAUUACAGUUAAGAUAACAAUCGAUGUGCACUCCUAGGUCCUUUGUUACUCCCACAGGCUUAAUUUCAGUUGCCAAUAUUGUAAUUUCAGUUGCCAAUAUUGUAAUUUCAGUUGCCAAUAUUGUAAUUUCAGAUGCCAACAUUGUAAUUUCAGUUCCCAAUAUUGUAGUGGAACAGAUGUCUUUUGUUACAAUUUUCCGAAGAGUGAAGGGAAGCAGGAGGAAAGCGCGUGGGAACACGAAGAGCGAGAUGCAUGCUCUUGCUCUCGCGUGUAUCCCAAGUUCGGUUUGUUCUCAUCUUCCUUUGCUAGACCCACAGGCACUGAUACUUUUUGCUUGAUCAGAAAACUAUCCAGGGAUGCAACUGUCAAAGGUUUUUCUUUUUCAGGCCCUAUCAGUUUUAGAUGGUGCGCCUUGUCACACGAGAGAGCCAAGUGUUCUAACUUUACAAAUCAUGUUAAGAUGAUGGCUCAAACUAUGAAUUUGAAUGUGGCUGCAAGUUGCGUCAACGGAAAUAGCGCUGAUGAUUGCAUAAAAAAAAUCAUCAAAAAGGAGGCCGACCUGGUGACGCUGGAUGGUGGAAACAUUCACGAAGCUGGUAAGUUUUAGAUUCCCUUUACGAUGAGUAACCAGGCUUGAGGGAUUCUGACAUACACUCGUGAGCAAAGACCGUGAUUACUAGUAAACAAGAAAUGAGCAGCUCGCACUUCGUUGUUCUUUUUCCCGCACACAUGACAAAUAUUUUGAUACUUGACGAUUGAAUUCUAAGGCUAGUUGACAGAGGGGGACUAACAUGGCGUCUUGUCAAUUUUCUAAAGCUGCAUUAAUUGCGGAAAUAAGUCAUAUAACCCAAAUAGAAAAAUUUCACUUAUGGUUUCGAGGAAGAUCCUUUCAAAUAUCGAAACUGCAAGUCAUUUGGUAGAAACACCAAAAAACACAUCCGUCAAUACUUCGAAAAUUAACCGAUUAGUGUAACAAGAUCGUCUGGCUGGCUUGAAAAGAAUCAAGUAGACUUCGGGCAUUCCCUGUCUAAAAGAAAAGCUGGGGAAAAAUCAAAUAGUGGCUAGCGUCCCGCGCGGAACUCUGGGAUUACGGGAAUGAGGCAUUUUUCAUAGAGUGCGCGCGGUGUGCCACAUUUUGUUUGUAUGUUUUUUUUCUGAUUUUUUUGCUGAAGUCCACGUGACGGAAUUCGCUGAAAAAGAGGGACAGCUCGUAGUCGUAUAAUUAAAGAUCACGCUAAGCUAACGUAAAAGUACAUUUUCAAGAAGUCGUCAUCCUCACAAGACUACUAUUCUUCCCCGAUAUUCCCAGCUGUUUAUUCUCACCAUAAAAAUCAGGCUAAAACUAGUUCGUUUACUAAAGAUUAUUGGGAGGAAUACCGCUGGAAAACUCAACUCCAUCAGGCAACCCGUGAUAAUCAACAAGAGUUGUUUUUUUAUCGCUACGUCAUGUUCUCUCGAUACAGGGAAAUCGCACGAUUUCAAAGUCAUCGUUGCUGAACAAUAUGGCGAAUACGGGGUCAAGUAUUAUGCAGUUGCUGUGGUAAGAAAGAAUAACACAGGCUUCGACUUAAAGAGCCUCAGAGGAAAGAAGUCUUGUCACACUGGAGCUGGGAGAACCGCAGGUUGGAAAGUGGCUGUAGGAUUUCUGCUUCGAUCAAAGAUUAUGCCGGCUGUGGCCUGUGGAAACGAGUCGAACGCUUACUUGUCGGCUGCAAAGUUCUUCGAAGAAAGUUGUGUCCCAGGUACGGCCAUCACGUUAUAGUUGGAGCGCAGUUUGAAAAUAAAUGAUCCUCGUAAAUAUUCUGCAAUUAAAUAAAAUGCAGAAAAGAAGCCUAAACAAAUUCAUGCACCACGGAAACUCACCUUGCUCCCAAAAUAUUUUUUCGUAGAUCAGCUGGUGGGGGCGCCAAACAAGUAUCACUUUGAGAUUCGGUUCGGAUUCCAUAGAAGCCUGAAUUUUUUUCAGGCGUCUUUCCCGCUAAUUCUUUCACUACCACUCAUCUGAGAGGAUCGUUUCUUUGUUUGAAUCACAUCUACCGGUGAAAAUAAUUUUUAGUCGAUCGUAAGUGUCAUGUAGUUACCAAAACGGUUUAUUUGGUCACUGUAAAAGACACAAGGAGUCGAUGAAGACUCUCUAUAAAACCGCAUGUUAACCGCGUUUCGAAUGCGAGGAAAAAGCUAAAGCAAAACCAAGGAACUCUCCUGUUUUGCCUCAGACAAUCAACUGAAAAUAACCUUUCUAAUUAGUCAUAUGAAUGAUGAAAUUACAUAUUUAGCUUAGGGAAUAUGCGAUGAACAAUCCGGGCCAUAGACAGUUUUGCCUUUAAAAACUUAGGCUAACCCCACAUUUUAGGGCCGCGUUUUUGUCUCUGAUAUUUAUGGCCCUUGGCACCCAGUUCACUUGAUUUAGCACAGAAAGAGCUUUGCGUCAAUAGCAGGUUGAAUGAUGUCGGUCUAAAUUUGUGGGAGUAAUCACAACUUAAAGUCAGGCUGCGACGACUUAUUUGGGACAGUUGAGGACACGCAUGCUAUCACAGACAAUAGAUGUACAGCGCAGCAAAAGAGUCGGACUACGUAAACAUGAUUAUCGCAGGAAAUUAAUCCUUUACUGCACCUCGUGACAAUCUAGAAUCUUGUAGCCGGCAUGAUGCCUAUCAUGCACUCCUCAAUGCAUCCCGAGGUUCUUUUGUAGAAGUAAACAAAGAGUUUCCGCUUAAUACGUACACUGAAAUGGUAAAAUUUCACUUUCAAUGCGUUUUGCUUUUUAGGUACCCCAUCUAAAGUGUCGUCAGGCGUCUAUCAAAUGGUAAGUAACCUCUGUAACCUAUGUGCUGGCCCUGAGAAUGACAAGUGCACCACAGACACCUUAAAAAAUAGAUACGUCGGUUAUCACGGAGCCUUCAUGUGCAUGGCGGAGGGAAAAGGUGACGUUGCUUUUGUGAAAUACACGACCACAGAGGAGGUGGCUGCAGGAGGAAAAUAUGGGAAACCGGAAGAUUACGAAUACCUUUGCCCUACGGGAGGAAGAAUGGGUAAUGUAUCCAGUUAUGAUUAUCCUAUUUACGGCGCACGCGAUACGAAUUUUUUCCAUUUUGAUUUGUUUUCAAACUGCUGUUCAAUCAUGAUCUCUGAGUAGUUUUAGACUGGAAGCUAACUGUAGUAUCCGCACGUAGUGCGAACCUAUUGUGUCACGUGGUAUUGAAUAAAGACGGUUUUACCCAACAUGGCGUGUUUGACUUCUUACAACUACCCCUGCGGGUCCUGCCUUACUGGUUCAAUCACAGUAGAGGAGAACUGUUGAGAACGCUGGCUGAAUUUUAUAAUGGAAACAUAGGUGCUGCAUGCGUCUUAGAAUUGCCACUUUAUAAACUAUGAAGCAAGGUGAGCGCUGAUGUAAUGCUCUUGUUACCUUCUUUAGCUGUUGGAACGCACACGGAAUGCCAUCUCGGCGCAAAUCCUGCCCAUGCUGUGGUCACUAGAGGAAACAACUCUGACAUCGGAGACAUCAUCAAAAUUUUAACGAAGAUGAGCGAAACGUAUGGAGUGAAACAGACGGACUGGAAAAAGUUCCAACUAUUCAACUCCUCGCAGUACAGCGGCAAUAAUUUGCUCUUUAAAGAUUCAACAACCGCACUGAAUGCUCAACCUGCAGGUAAACAGAGCGUUAUGGAUUACCUCGGAAAAAGUUAUGGCGAAAAUGUGGAUUCCCUGACUUCAUGCGACACCACAACCUCCACGACCCUACCGCCACCGCCUGCCUCCUCUUCUACUGCGAUUCUGCCCGUCUCCUUGCUUGUGCUUUUCACAGCCUUGCUGGACAUGUUCAUAUAAAACGAACUUUGAACGUGCUUCGGGUAGUGAUGAAGCUGAUGAUUAAUAAGUGGUUAGGUCAUCAGGGUACUUCCUUUUUUAGUUCAUGAUCAUUAAUUGCAAAGUUAGUAGAGGGAGAAUAUGGUAAUUGUAAGCUCUAGGCACGCUUUUAUCGUCGCUGGUCAAAAGGUAGCGGCGAAGGCAAGGGAAAUGCUUUUGAGCCCAGAUUAUCCUUAUGACUGUUUGAGCUUUAUCGUUCAAAACUCAUUCAGUUUUGAUUGUCAAUGUUAAGGGUAGAUUUUUUUGUUACUUAUCGAGAGAUAGACAAGUUGAAAACAUUGAAGAUCGAGAAGAUAGAGAUCAAAAUCAAAUAAUGGCUUACCAUCAAUAUUUUUCUUAACACCAAUAAACGCCUCCACUUUUCAGAUUAAACUUUGUUUCCUUGUAAAAUUUGCUUUUAGCCUUUACAAGCCGUUCAGUGUAGUUCUAUGAUUAUAUAAUCCAGCCAGUUUCAAAGACAUCACCGCGCAUGACAUGUGAUAGUGACGAAUUGACAGCGUUCAGAUCUUUUAUUCGGCUUGGUAAGCCCUUGUCUGAUUUUAUCUUAUUGCGUGUGAAAGAACCUCGCGCGAUGACAGACAAGCAACUCUUUCUCUAGUCUCUCUCCUCAACUUACCACACGCGUUUCCAUUAGCUUUUGUUUUCACCGAGAUACGUUCCGCGUAGGCUACUCAAGUGAUCCAGCUUCUGUGCGUGUUUUAGAGCAACAAAAUCAACAGCCAUAUCGCAUGAUCUCUUAAUAGCGUUACGUUUCCAGUUUCCGUAGCAUGACCAAGUCGAUUUAGACUUUUCACAGAAAUAAAGUUACAUAGAAGGUAGACAGAGAAAAAAGUCCCCGUUUUCAAAUGCAAGCCAUGAUGACAUACGUAGAACAAAAACAUAGACCCGUGAUGUUAAACAGUAUUAGCUUUUAAGCACAUGGAACACUAGUGGAGAUUAGUGAAAUAAAGUUUUUGUUCCUAGUUACUCGUUAUACUUGUGUGUUGUUUGAACUUAAUUGUGUAUAGCCAGAGCUCUGUAUCAACGGGUGUGGAAUAAGUAAGUAAGUAAGACAGAUCUUUUAUUCGGCAAGACCUUGUCUGACGUGAAAGAAACCGUCGCCUGACGAAGGGUCAUUACGGUGGCUAAAUCCCAGUUGUUAACACUAAAUUACCAACCUUUAGCAAGACCUUACGAACCGCGCCGGUCAUUAUUGUCAACUUCGCAUGCCAGAGUUGGUUCGGAAGAUGAGGGUCGUUGGUUGGCAUGGCUGGAUUUUUUUCCCUCGAAUAUAUGCUUUUCUUCUUUUCUUUCCAUCGAAUUCUAAACUAUACAAGGCGAUUUGGCAUAAUUGACCUCAAAUCGCGUCAGAUAACGAAAGUACCGUGAGGUCGUCGAAAAUCGGACUGUCAUAGUCAAAUGGUCGCAUAAUUAGAGCAAAGAAAACUCUGAUUUC